AUGGAAAAGAAAAUCAAGGCAGUGCAGCUGAAGAAGAGGAUCGCCGUGGAAAAUAUAAAGUCGCUGGAACGGUUCCAGGCAGAAUACUCUACCGAUGAUGCCAAGCAGAUUCCAGAGGCGUUAGAGGAUUUAGAGAAACAUAAGGAAGGGUUCUUCGCCGCGGUUUCCAAACUGGAAGAGCUCGACGACAGUGACACAAUGAUCGAAGCUUGCAUCAUGGAAAGGAUCGACAUCGAGGAACGCUGCCGCAAGCUGAAAUCUUUUCUUCGAGAGCAUCAACCGAAGGAAGAAGGUUCCUUUAACGAGACGACAGUGCAAUCGGUGUGCGUGGACAAGCUAACCCACUUGGUGGAUGAGUUCACCCGUUUCGUCAACGGACUGGUGAAGCUCAAGGAACCGGUCGAUUCAUGGGACACACCACUAUCCAACAUGCUCCUCAUGAAACUGGAUCGUGAAACGUUAUUAGCUUGGGAAAAACACUCCGUGCACUUCACCAAGGAUAAGUACAAGGAUGUGAUUGCGUUCGUGCAAGAUCGAAUCCAGAUCCUUAAAUCGACCAACAAUUUUGUGAGUGAUCAAAGCGCUAGUGGCAUUAAGGUGGCCGGCAUUCAUCGUCACGCAGUGCAACGGAGGUUCGUCGCAAAUGCAGCUGCAUCGUGCCCUACUCCUGCUGUUUCAUCUGGUUCGAUUCAGCAGCCCAAGUGUCCGUUAGAGUGCGCAGAAGAUCAUCCAUUACCCAGCUGUCCAGUUUUCAUCGGCAAGGAGGUUCAGCAUCGACGGGACGUCGUCUCAUCGAAGCGGUUGUGCUGGAACUGCCUAAGCAGCACACAUCAAGUCAGAGCGUGCAAAUCUGACUAUUCGUGUCGUACGUGUCGUGAACGCCAUCACACUCUCCUGCAUCACACGCCACCUAGAACGGUCACAAUGGCAGCACAUUCGGACGACGACAAAGUUUUCUUGGAAACAGCAAACGUCCAGGUCAAGGACGAUUACGGCAAUAUUUUCGAGGCAAGGGCCUUACUCGACUCCGGUUCCAUGUCGAAUUUCAUAUCCGAUGAGUUCGCUCGGAAAUUGUUGACCAGUCGCAACAAGGUUAACGUCGCUGUAUCGGGCAUUGGAAAUGCAGUACAGCAAGUGAAGGGUUCGAUCGUCGCAACGGUGCAGUCGAAAACUCAAUCCUUUGCUACGGAGAUGGCUUUUCUGGUAUUGGAAACGCCAUCAGCUCACAUCCCCACUUCACCUACGGACAUCUCAUCGUGGAAAAUGCCGGACGUGGCAUUAGCUGACACCAACUUUAAUUUGCCUGGGCAUAUCGACAUCGUCAUCGGAGGCGAUACUUUCUGGGAGCUUCACACCGGUCGCAAGCUCUCUAUUGGCAGAGGCAAACCGUGGCUGGUGGAGACGCACUUCGGCUGGGUGGUAUCCGGCAACACGCAGCACUCAUCAAGUGGUCCGCGGGUGUGCCAUCUCGCAACACACGACAUCCCCUUGGAGGAAAUUUUGCAGCGCUUUUGGGAAAGCGAAACCAUAGCCGAGGAUCCUGUGCUAUCGGUCGAAGAGGAUGCCUGCGAGAAACACUACUCAUCGACAACCGUUCGCAAUUCAGCGGGAAGGUAUGUUGUUAGUUUCCCUUUUAAUCCUAAUGCAAAUGUCGUUUUAGGGGAAUCUAAAGCAACAGCCGAUCGUAGACUCCGUUGUAUGGAACGUCGUUUGGUGAAUAAUCCUACAAUGAGAGACGAAUAUGUUAAGUUCAUGCGGGAAUAUGAACAGUUGGGUCACAUGAAGAGACUUACCGGUCCGGUAGACGAUUCGACUCAGCAUUAUUACCUUCCUCAUCAUGCCGUGGUAAAGGAGUCGAGUACUACAACGAAGGUUCGGGUCGUUUUUGACGCGUCGUGCAAGACGUCCAGCGGCUAUUCGUUGAAUGACAAGCUGUUGGUCGGUCCAGUCGUUCAGGACGAUCUUUUCUCCGUCAUUCUUCGGUUCCGUUCACAUUCCAUCGCCCUGACUGCCGACGUGGAGAAAAUGUACCGUCAAAUUCUACAUCAUCCUGACGAUAGAAACCUGCUACGUAUCCGAUUCAGAGAGAGUCCUACAGACGAGAUAUCCACCUUCGAGCUACACACAGUCACGUACGGUACAGCAUCUGCUCCAUUUUUGGCAACUAGAACUCUACGGCAGAUUGCUAUCGAUAACAGCGACACAUACCCACAAGCUGUAAACGCUGCUUUAAAUGAUUUUUAUGUGGAUGAUUUGUUAACGGGAUCAAACGACAUUAACGAAGCCAUUGAAAUGCGCACACAAAUUUCACAAAUUUUGGAAUCAGCAGGAUUCUCACUAAAAAAAUGGGCAUUGAAUCGGUCAGAAGCACUAGUAAACAUUCCGGCCGAAGACAUAGCAAUCCAACCAACGCAUGAGUGGCAAGAAUCAAACCAUGUAUCCACACUUGGCAUCGUUUGGGAACCAACAGCAGACACGUUUCGGUUCCGUAUUGAUAUGCCUCCUAUCACAACCAUAAUUACCAAAAGGCUAGUUUUAUCCUACAUUGCUAAAAUUUUCGACCCUCUCGGCUUGCUUGGUCCUAUUAUCAUCAUUGCGAAAAUGUUUAUGCAACAGUUAUGGGCGCUAAAGAAGGAUCGAAAGUCAUUUGACUGGGAUAGCGAGCUACCAUCGCACCUACAACCUACAAACGUGCAAAUACAUAUAUUCGCAGACGCUUGA